AUGGACCAAGAACACCGGGAAGCGGCGGACGACUCCGAAGCCGCCCCGCCUGAUGAGCACACCCGUCUGCUCCCUAAUCGGGUCGACUCGAAUCGAGUUCUCCUCACGCCAGACGAUCCCGCGGUAUCCCCGUAUAAUCUAUGGAGUAUCCGUGUCCUGCGCUACUUGACACUCGUCUUGACGGCCAUCACAUUCGUCUGGUGGGUUCUCCUGCUGGUCUCUGCCUUUGCGACGCCUCCGGGACUGCAUACACGUGGCAGCGGGUUCCUUGCGUUCGGAUUGACGACUUUGACCAUGGCAAAUCUGGGCUUUGUUCUCAUCUUCUUUGGGGUUCCGAGCAAGGCGGUCCGGAUCCUGGCCUUCGUGAUGGCAUUUCUACUGCUUCUCGACCUGAUCCUCCUCCUUGCGGUGCAACAGACGCGGUACGAAGAAGGAUGGGUCGGCAUCGUAAGCGCCGUCUGGGCUUUGCUCAUGAGUCUCUGGAAUAUCCUCACAGACCGCAUGGUCAAAUGGGGCAAAGAGGAGGAGGAAGAGAGACUGACGGGCCGUGCCGAGACAAGGCGGACUCUGACGGAAUGGUGUGCGGUUAUCGUGUCGACCAUUGCGUUUGUCGUCAUGGUCGUGGCGGUCGUUCUCAUCACGCUUACAAUUAUUCUCCGAGCAUUGGAUGCCAGCUACGCUGCCCCCGGAAAGAGGUACAGCGUUGACGGGGACAAGUACCGCGUUCACCUCUUUUGUCAUGGAAACAAGACCGACUCGCACGGGGAGGAGCUUCCUACUGUGCUCCUCGAAGGGGGAGAGCGACCCGUCGAACAAGGCCUGUGGCCCUUUGCAGACAACGCCAUCAAGAACGGCUCCGUCUCGCGAUACUGCUUCGUCGACCGCCCGGGAAUGGCGUGGUCGGAUACAGCGCCAUCCCCUCUGUCAGCCGGUUUCGCAGUCGACGUCCUCAGCGAAGCGCUCGCCAAAGCUGGCGAACAGGGGCCGUGGGUUUCUGUCAGCGCGGGCAUCGGCUCCCUCUACGCGCGGGUAUUCUCGUCCCGCCAUGGCCAUGACGUCAGGGGCCUCGUGUUCAUCGACCCCCUCCACGAGGACCUUCUCGGCCCGUGGGCAUCUCCCGGCCGCGGAUUCCUCCUCUGGCUUCGUGGCAGUCUCUCCCCCCUCGGGCUGGACCGACUUCCGGGCGCGAUUUUCAGGGGCCGUACGUCUCGAGAUCGCGUGUACGGAAGAGCCGUCCAGCAAGGAAGCAAAUUCAUAUUUGCCAAGCUCCAGGAAAGUCUGGUGCUGGAAUCCUUCACCAAGCGCGAUGUCAAGAGCAGUCGCCAGAUCCAAGAGAGAGAGACCCCCUUGGUGGUGAUUAGCUCGGGGGUGGAAGUGAAGCGGAGCAAGGAGUGGGAGAGGAAACAGAGAGACUUGACAACCGUGACGGACAAUUUGAAGGAAUGGGAUAUAGUGAACGGGGCGGGACAUGAGGUUUGGCGCACUCUGGAAGGGAGGGAGGUGAUUGAAAGGAGAUUGAAGCAAAUUGUGAGGGGGAAGUGA